UCACCACUUGAUCAUUUAUUUUGGAUUAAAAUAAAGAAUACAAGCUUUAUCUUUUGGGCAUCACCCCAUUUUAAAAUUUAUAUGUUAGAAAUCUCAUGUUUAAAAUAAAUCAUGUGAGGAGUUAGGAGAAAAAUGAACCCUCCUUAAUAUUCAACAAAAAAAAAAUCCCCAAACAAACAGUCACAUCCUACUGGAUGUAGACAUAGACAUGAAGGCACACACAUAUGCUCGCACGUCCCGUCUGAAACGAAAAGCACAAGUGGCGUGAUGUAGCGCAAGCACUAGCACAGACUCCGCGGGAGCGCAACACCUAACAUUCAAACUGGCCGACUGCUCAUCAAGACCGUCCAAAAUAUGGUCGACGGUCGAUGAUCGGCCAGCGCAUUUAAUGAGGGCCACCCAGCACCCCCACGCACAGAGUCGCCCUUAAAAUCUCAGUCAAGUUGGAAUCCGUUUGUUAAUUUUGCUGAGAAAAAUAUUAAUUAAUCUCCGGGCGUAGCGGUCUAGCACAGCACACAGGGGAGGACUCCUGGUGAAUUUUGAUGGGCACCAUCAAAGCGGACGAGGAUCUUAACCGUCAGUUGCUGCGGGAUUCAACCCCGUUCGUUGGAUUAAAAGACCGUGUCGAUGAUGAGAAGGAGUUGGACCUGAGGACCAGGGCAUGGAUUGAAUCGAAGAAGCUAUGGCACAUCGUGGGCCCCGCCAUCUUCAGCCGCAUCGCCACCUACUCCAUGAACGUCGUCACCGGAAGCUUCGCCGGCCACCUCGGCGAUCUUGAGCUCGCUUCCAUAUCCAUUGCCAACACUGUCAUCGUUGGUUUUAAUUUUGGCCUCCUGUUGGGGAUGGCAAGCGCACUGGAAACGCUGUGCGGGCAGGCAUUUGGGGCCAGGCGGUACCACAUGCUGGGCGAGUACCUGCAGAGGUCAUGGAUUGUUCUCUUCCUGUGCUGUUUCCUGCUGCUGCCGGUGUACGUGUACGCGACGCCGAUUCUGAAGCUGAUGGGGCAGGCGGAGGACGUGGCGGAGCAGUCGGGGCUGGUGGCGCUGUGGCUGAUUCCGCUGCACUUCAGCUUCGCCUUCCAGUUCCCGCUGCAGCGGUUCCUGCAGAGCCAGCUGAAGACGGGGGUGAUCGCGUGGGUGUCGCUGGCGGCCUUCCUGGUUCACGUCAUCGUCUCCUGGCUCUUCGUCUACGUGCUGAAGCUUGGGGUGGUGGGGACGGCCAUCGCGCUGGAUCUGUCGUGGUGGUUUAUAGGGAUUGCGCUUUUCCUAUACGUCGUGUGGGGAGGGUGUCCCCUUUCCUGGAGUGGGUUCUCCAUGGGAGCCUUCUCUGGUCUCUGGGAGUUCCUCAAACUCUCUGCUGCUUCUGGUGUCAUGCUCUGUCUGGAGAAUUGGUACUACAGAAUCCUGAUACUAAUGACUGGGUACUUGGAGAACGCAGAGAUUGCUGUCAACGCCUUGUCGAUUUGCAUGACCAUUAAUGGCUGGGAGAUGAUGAUUCCUCUUGCCUUCUUUGCAGCAACCGGAGUGAGGGUAGCGAAUGAGCUGGGAGCGGGUAAUGGGAAGGCAGCAAAAUUUGCGACGGAGAUGUCGGUGAUUCACUCCACGCUCAUCGGUCUCUUAUUCUUUGCAGUCAUUACCAUAUUCCACGACAGGCUCGCCUUCAUCUUCACCACCAGCACCACUGUCCUCCACGCUGUCGACGACCUCGCCUUCCUUCUCGCCCUCUCCAUUCUCCUGAAUAGCAUUCAACCUGUUUUAUCCGGUGUUGCGGUGGGAUCGGGAUGGCAGACAUGGGUCGCAUACAUAAAUCUGGGCUGCUACUAUCUCAUUGGACUUCCUUUGGGAGCUGUUUUGGGCUGGGUCUUCAAUCUGGGUGUUGGGGCAAUAUGGGGAGGGAUGAUGCUUGGUGGGACUGCAGUUCAGACGGUGAUACUAGCCAUCAUAACAAUCCGAUGCAAUUGGGAGCACGAGGCUGAGAGAGCUACUUUGCACGUACAGAAGAGGGCGACUCUCAGCCCCAACGAUUAAAUGUCACACAAACGUCAGUACCUUUUUCAGCGAUGCUGAGUCAUGGUCUCAAAUUUUUUUCACUCCCUCAGACUCAAAAUUAACAGCAUUGAGCUUCUCUUGAUUACUUCAGCAGAAGGUUCAUCAGUGGGGUUUACUGUGUUUUUAAUCUUCUUGAAUUUGCAUAAAAUAUGAAUUAGGUUGAUGGGCAGAUGUGUAAUUCGAAUAACAAUUUGUUGCAAUGAAAAUUUAAAGCAUUUUGAUCCCA